UUGGCGUGUUUCAUUUUGCAGGCAAUUGCUGUAGCUUCAUGCAUUCAGGAGUCAUGGCCUGUUCUCAUAAUUGCACCAUCUUCACUGCGCUUGCAAUGGGCUUCUAUGAUUCAACAAUGGCUGAAUAUUCCUUCAUCAGAUAUACUAAUUGUCUUACCUCAAAGUGGUGGAUCAAAUAGAGGAGGUUUCAACAUUGUAUCUUCAAGUUCUAAAAACAGCAUUCGUUUGAAUGGACUAUUCAACAUCAUCUCAUAUGAUUUGGUGCCAAAGCUGCAGAAUUUGCUUACGACAUGUGACUUUAAGGUUGUGAUUGCUGAUGAAUCACAUUAUCUGAAAAAUGCUCAAGCAAAGAGGACAACUGCUUCUCUUCCUGUAAUAAAGAAAGCUCAAUAUGCAUUAUUGCUUAGUGGAACACCAGCUUUAUCAAGACCAAUUGAACUAUUCAAGCAGCUGGAAGCUUUGUAUCCUGAUGUAUAUAAGAAUGUUCAUGAAUAUGGUAACCGGUACUGCAAGGGUGGAUUUUUUGGACUUUAUCAAGGUGCAAGUAACCAUGAAGAGUUGCACAAUUUGAUGAAGGCUACAGUGCUGAUUCGCAGGCUUAAAAAAGACGUUCUUUCUCAACUUCCUGUAAAGCGCAGGCAACAAGUCUUCCUAGACUUGGCUGACAAGGACAUGAAGCAAAUUAAUGCUUUAUUUCAAGAGUUGAAAAUGGUAAAAGCCAAAAUUAAGGAUGCUAAAUCACAAGAGGAGGCAGAAUCACUCAAGUUUACUCAAAAGAAUAUAAUUAACAAGAUAUAUACUGAUUCUGCAGAAGCCAAGAUUCCAUCUGUUCUUGAUUAUCUUGGAACUGUCAUUGAGGCAGGUUGCAAGUUUCUUAUAUUUGCACACCAUCAGUCAAUGCUUGAUUCGAUACAUGAGUUUCUUCGUAAGAAAAAAGUGGGUUGCAUACGGAUUGAUGGAGGUACACCUGCUGCUUCCAGACAGCAAUUGGUCACUGAGUUUCAGGAAAAAGAUUCUACAAAAGCAGCAGUGCUAUCUAUUAAAGCUGGAGGCGUUGGGUUAACUUUAACUGCUGCCAGCACAGUAAUCUUUGCAGAAUUGUCUUGGACUCCCGGUGACCUAAUUCAGGCUGAAGACCGUGUUCAUAGAAUUGGCCAGGUGUCUUCAGUAAAUAUAUACUACUUGCUUGCGAAUGACACGGUUGAUGACAUCAUAUGGGACGUAGUGCAAAGCAAACUGGAAAAUCUGGGGCAGAUGUUAGACGGUCAUGAAAAGGCCUUGGAGGUCUCUGCUACUCUGCCAGAGAGUAGCCCUUCAAAGCAGAAAACUCUGGACCAGUUUAUUAGAAGACCUGAAAACGCGGAUAGCCCUUCAAAGCAGAAAACUCUGGACCAGUUUAUUAGAAAACCUGAAAACUCGGAUAGCCCUUCAAAGCAGAAAACGCUAGACCAGUUUGUUCGAAGAUGUGAUAAGAUAGAUGGGUUGGAACAUGAGCCCAAACGUCCCCGAAACUGACCCUUGAAACGUCGGUGCUCAAGGUGGACUACAAUUAUCGUCCCUUGAGAAGAGGGGCUUCUAAAGCAGGAGGGUGUAGCUUCGCAGCACAGUUUACAACUCUAAACUGUGCAGCUUAUGACGAAGGAACUGAACGGUUUUGCAGAAUAUGCAUGGGAUGGAAUCAAGGUUCUCACAGAUUUUAGGCUUCAGAUUUCCCAUCAGUUUUUAGUGGGACAUGUACAGAGUACAAUAUCAUGAAUGUAACUUGUAAAUUGCUUUUUACUCAAUGCAAAUUUUUGAUAUCAUUGUCAUGUCAUGUAUGAUAUUUAAUUUUAUACUAAGUUAAGAACUUGUGUUUUGUAAAACCUCUUGUACGAAUCACGUUAAGAGUGGUUUAAACGAUCUCUAUUGUCAA